CCAGCUAGAGCUGUCAGUUGACAGCCAACACAGAGCCGGAAGCCACAUACCCGCGGAUUUGAUGAGCCGUAGAUUUUACACACAUAUUUGUACGCGAUAAGAGAUAAAGCCUUUAAGAAUUAAUCGUGAGGCCCCACGCUGUCAUAUCUACGGACUGACCCGUUAUCGUGUACAAGGAAGGAAAGCCAUUGCCAUCUGACGAACAUUCAAGCUAACUGUUAGCUAGCUUUACAGCUUGCCAGUGCUGUGCAGUGCUCGAGCCAGGCUGUGUGUGGGUGGGCUAGCUGCCGAAGGUCGGACUGGACACCACGGACUGUUUGUGAAGCUCUUUGGUCAGCGAGCUAAAUACCCAUAUAACGAAGCUGCAUGACAUUUCGUUUACCAUUUCUACAUUGCAGUAUUAAUUUGUGAGGGUUUUUUCCCACUGGAUGCCAAACGAGUAUUCAUCCCGUUGCGUUGUAGUCAGUUAGUUGCUUACAAGGCAGCUAGUAGCUAGCUAAGCUAUGCUAACGUCAGAUCAGUGAGGACUGGCUGGGUGCGAGAACCGAGGUGACUUGACUGUCGAAGUGAUGGGUUAUUAAACAAUAUCUGGAAGUUAUAAUAGACGAAGAUAUUUGCUCGCUGUUUCCUCAGCUAAUGAAUAAAAAAACGUUAAAUGCAGAGUGUCGGUGAUCAUUGAGGAGUGAGCUGGUGGUGAGCAUCAGAUACCCAGCGAGCUAUCUGAGAUUCAGCCAGUUUACUACCGCUAAAGAUGGCUACGGCGAGCAGCAUUGCCGCAUCUAUUGCGAGCAAAACGAAGACCAAGAAGAAACACUUCGUGGCUCAGAAAGUGAAGCUCUUCCGAGCCAGCGACCCUCUUCUGAGCGUCCUAAUGUGGGGAGUGAACCAUUCGAUCAAUGAGCUGAGCCAUGUUCAGAUCCCUAUCAUGCUGAUGCCAGAUGACUUCAAGGCCUACUCCAAGAUCAAGGUGGACAACCAUCUCUUCAACAAGGAGAACAUGCCAAGCCAUUUCAAGUUUAAGGAGUACUGUCCUCUGGUGUUCCGUAACCUCAGGGAGAGGUUUGGGAUCGAUGACCAGGACUUCCAGAACUCUCUGACCCGCAGCGCUCCUCUGAACAGUGAGGCUCAGGGCCGCAGCGGCGCCCGCUUCCACACCUCCUACGACAAGCGCUACGUCAUCAAGACCAUCAGCAGCGAGGACGUGGCCGAGAUGCACAACAUCCUGAAGAAGUACCACCAGUUCAUCGUGGAGUGCCAUGGCAGCACCCUGCUGCCUCAGUUCCUGGGGAUGUACCGGCUCACCGUGGACGGAGACGAGACCUACAUGAUCGUCACCCGCCACGUGUUCUCUCACCGCCUGUCCGUCUGCCGCAAAUACGACCUGAAGGGUUCCACAGUAGCAAGAGAGGCCAGUGACAAGGAGAAGGCCAAGGAGCUGCCCACCUACAAGGACAACGACUUCAUCAACGACGGACAGAAGAUCUACAUCGACGAGGAGAACAAGAAGAUGUUCCUGGAAAAGCUGAGGAAAGAUGUGGAGUUCCUGGCUCAGCUGAAGCUGAUGGACUACAGCCUGCUGGUGGGCAUCCACGACGUGGAGCGGGCGGAGCAGGAGGAGGUGGAGAGUGAGGACAACGAGGGCGAUGAUGACGGGGAGAGCGACGGAGGGGGUGUGGGCACCCCCCCAGACAGCCCCAGCAACACCCUGGACAGCACCAAACCCCUCUCGCCCGGAGAGUUCCACCCCAACAUCGAUGUCUACGCCAUCAAGAGCCAUGACAGUGCUCCCAGGAAGGAGGUGUACUUCAUGGCGGUUAUUGACAUCCUGCAGCAUUAUGAUGCCAAGAAGAAGGCUGCUCACGCUGCCAAGACCGUCAAGCACGGGGCAGGAGCAGAGAUCUCCACGGUGAACCCAGAGCAGUACUCCAAGCGCUUCUACGACUUCAUCAGCAACAUCCUGUCAUAGCCCCCCUCGCCCAGGGCAGCGGGGGGGGUGGGGGUGGGGUGGAGGAGGGGAGGAGGAGGGAGGGAGGGGAGACCAUACAGAGGAGAGGUGGUAGUUGUUAUGACUACCACCACUCCCUUCCUCCUUCACUCACCUCUCUCUCUCUUCUCUAGUUCUCUUCCCCUCCGCGGGCUGCUCCCCUCUGCAGCUAAAACCUUCGUUUACAUUUGCCGCCUCCUCGAUUGGGUCGCACUUUGUUACUUUGGACCAGAAGGGUUCAAGAGGAGAACGGGUCCUCUAGUCAUUACUGUUUGAUAUCAUUUGUUAUUGUUUGUUUGUUUGGGAUUAUGGCUUUAGUUUUUUUUUUUUUACUGCCUCUCAACACCCUGCAUUGUUUGUUGUUGUUGUUGUUGUGGGGUUUAUGUGAUUUUCUGAUUGACCUUCUGAGGUGCAGAGGGCUUGUGUGAGCUCAGGUGGAGGUGAAUAACGAGAGUGACGUCACAUAAAAAGGUCAAACAGGAAGUGAAGUGUACCUUUUACAGGCUCGUCCAAUGCAAUCGCUCCACUACAGGAAGUCGGAGGCAGUCUUCCAAUAGGCCGACAGCCAUACCAUCCAAUCGCCAUGAGUGCACCCUGCCAAACCAAUCCCUGUUGGGUCUCCCCUCCUCCAGCCUCCCAAUAAGCUGCUCCCCCUGACUACGCAUGUUCCUUCUCCCGUCAAACUGACGAUUUCCCAAGCAAGGCUAUGUGGUUGUACUCCUGCCACACGCACACACACACACACACACGCCUGUUUGGCACCCGCUUCCCUGCAAACACACACAUAUACCCACACCUAUAAACCUUUCCACAUCUCCGUUCUGCACCCGAUUCCAGACACGCACACAUGUAUAAACACUCCCAAGAAAGAAGCCAGUGUUGGUCUGGGUCUGGUGUGUGAGAGCUUGCUAGCAGAAGAAGGUUUAUCUGGAGAUGGAUCCAGAGGUCAGGUGGUCAACCAGUUCACCUCACCCUGAAUCCUGUCACUGUAGCCCGCUCUACCAGAAUCCUGGUCCAUUAGGUUUUAAAAUGGAAGGCGCUCGUUGCCGUGGUUUUAGAGUGGGAGGCGCUCGUUGCCGUGGUUUCGGAGUGGGAGGCGCUUGUUGCCGUGGCGUCUGGGUGAGGCUUGUUGACCCUCCAUUGCCAUCAGCACCUUAACCGUUGCACUUUUAUACCCGUUUUUUAAUUUUGGCUAAAAAAAAUUUAUCGCAUCUCUCGUUCUUUUACUGAAGAACUGUCUGGAGCUCUGGAACACGGCCCUGCCCCCCUUCUAGCCCUGCCGCCCUCCCCCUGCGCUCUGAGGGGAGACAUACCUUUCCUGGUCUCAGUAGGGGAAGGACGGGGGGGGGGGGAGUGUGUGUGCCCGUGAUCUAGACAGACAGGCGAUGGCUUUACCUCUGGCAUCGUACCAGCACACACUCACCUUAAGCAGCUGGAGGGUAACUCUGUGUUGUA